AUGGCCGAGCCUAAACCUCCCAUUGCCUUCAUCGGCCUCGGCGCCAUGGGCUUCGGCAUGGCCACCCACCUGGUCAAGCAGGGCUACCCGGUGACGGGCUUCGACGUCUGGGCGCCCACCCUCGAGCGCUUCGCGGCCGCGGGCGGGCUCACGGCCAGCACGCCCUCGGCUGCCGUCGCCGACAAGCCCUUCUGCGUCUGCAUGGUGGCCACGGCGCAGCAGGCCCAGUCGGUGCUCAUCGACGGGCCCGACGCGGCCGUCCACGCCCUCCCCAAGGGUGCCGCCCUGCUCCUCUGCUCCACGGUCCCCUGCGACUACGUGCAGUCGCUCGACCGGCAGCUGCGCAGCCUCGGGCGCGGCGACAUCCUCCUCGUGGACAGCCCCGUGUCGGGCGGCGCGGCGCGGGCGGCUGACGGCACCCUGUCCAUCAUGGCGGGCAUGUCGGACGCGGCGCUAGACAAGGCGCGCCCGCUGCUGGCCGAGAUGGCGGACCCGGCUAAGCUGUACAUUGUGCAGGGCGGCGUCGGCGCCGGGAGCAACAUGAAGAUGGUGCAUCAGGUGCUGGCGGCGUGCCACAUCCUCGCCUCGAGCGAGGCCGUGGGGUUCGCGGCGCGGCUGGGCCUGGACCUGGCCCAGACGCAGAAGGCGGUGCUCGGAUCGGACGCGUGGAACUGGAUGUUUGAGCACCGCACGCCGCGGAUGCUGACGCAGUUCCAGCCCGUCGCCAGCGCCGUCAACAUCAUCGUCAAGGACACCAAGAUCAUUACGGCAGAGGCGAAGAGGAGCGGCUUCAAGGUGCCGAUGACGGGGAGGGCCGAGGAAGGUUACCAGCAGGCCGUCGACAAGGGCUACGGGCAGGACGACGAUAGCAGCCUGCUGAGGCUGUACACCGGGGCAGGGAGCGGCGAGACCGGAGAGAGUUCGGCAGAGGCGGACGAGGAGAAGCUGGCAUUGGUGCUCGACUUGCUUAGGGGGAUCAACCUGUGCGCGGCUGGAGAGUCUCUGGCGUUUGCUAGCUUCGUGGGCUUGGAUCUCGACCAGGUGCUCGAUCUGUGCGUAAAUGCGGCCGGAUCAAGCACCAUGUUGAAGCAGUACGGUCCUCAGUUCAUCACCGCUCUCCGCCAGGGCGUCGACUCCAGGAGCUCAAAGGCUGCCGAGGGAGAGCUGAGCCUCGACGCCGUCGCCGAGAGGCUGCAGAGGGUUGUAGAGGAGGCUGAGCGGGUCAAGGUGCCGCUGUUCUUGGGAUCGCGGGCGUUGGACGUCGUUCGCGAAGCCCUGAAGCUCGGAACAUCGCCGCUAUCUGUCAAUGCGGUGGUGAAUCGAGGGCGGGUACCGACCGCCAAUAUGGAGAAGAGUAUUCGGCCUCACUUCUUCAAGCACGGGCUCCCAGAGUCAGACCCAGAGGAGGAAAAGAACUGCCACUGGUGCCAGAUCCGCUCCUUUGCUACUCACAAAACCAUACCAAUUACAAUAGUCAACGACGAAGACGACGAGGUACUGAACCCCAACUUCCGCUUCAUCGACCAUUCUGUCAUUGCCGACGAUGUGCCGGUCGCCGAGGACUCCUUUCGGACCGGCUGUGACUGUGCCGACGACGAGGACUGUAUGUACAACACGUGCCAGUGCCUCGACGAGAUGGCGCCCGACAGCGACGAGGACGAGAACGACGGCUCCGCUACCCGGCCGCGGCGGAAGCGGUUUGCGUACUACUCGAGCGGACCCAAGGCCGGCUUGCUGAGGAGUAGGAUCCUCAUGAGCCGCGAACCCAUCUAUGAAUGCCACGAAGGCUGCAGCUGCUCGCUCAAUUGUCCGAAUCGGGUCGUGGAGCGAGGCAGGACGGUGCCGCUGCAGAUUUUCCGGACCCCGGAUCGGGGCUGGGGCGUCAGAUGUCCCGUCGACAUCAAGGAAGGCCAGUUCGUCGACAAGUACCUGGGCGAGAUCAUUUCGAGCCGGGAGGCGGACAGGCGGCGGGCGGAAGCGACCGUCUCCCGCCGCAAGGACGUGUACCUCUUCGCGCUCGACAAGUUCUCGGACCCGAACUCGCUCGACCCCUUGCUAGCAGCGCCGCCGCUCGAGGUGGACGGGGAGUGGAUGAGCGGCCCUACACGGUUUAUCAACCACAGCUGCGAUCCGAACAUGCGCAUCUUUGCGCGCGUCGGCGACCACGCUGACAAGCACAUCCACGACCUGGCUCUGUUUGCGAUUCGGGAUAUCCCCGCGGGAGAGGAACUGACAUUUGACUAUGUCGACGGCUUGGAGGAUAUGGACAACGAUGCACACGACCCGUCCAAGAUCAAGGACAUGACGGUCUGCAAGUGCGGGACCAAGCGGUGCCGAGGCUUCCUGUGGUGAAGCUUGACGAGCAUGCACUGAUUUGGAUGCCUUUGCCUUGCUCAAAGCAGGCACAUUGGUCCUCUGAAACAUUUUCACCACUAUAUAUGACCAAGUCAGCGUGAUUCAUUGCGCGACUGACAGUUGCCUGCUCGGAUGCCUCGCUUGCAGUCGCUACAGCAUGCGCUCCCUGAUUCCGGGCUCGAAGGAACAGCAAAGGGGAAGGGAGCCCACGACGCGUAUUGCGAUGCCGGAAAAGGGAAAAGCCUGGCAGUAAUCUAUAAUGCGACUUUCUAGUACUGCAUGCUUCCAGACUGUGUGGUUAACGUUCAAUAUUCUGGGUUUGCCCCGAUGUGGCACCAUUGCUGUAAGAUAUCGGAAAGAAUCGCCAUCUACACUAUGUAUGUACAACCCACUCGGCGGUUAUAUGGGAUGAGUGGUGGAUCUCGGAUCUCUUCCUAACCCAAGAUCGGAAUCAAUUUUGUUAAAUGCG